CGAAAGCGUUCUUCCGCUCGCCUUCUUUCCCUUGCUCCGCAACGACCAGCCGAAGUCGGUUUCGCUCUCUCGUCGAAUCCGCAGCACCACCGGAGGAGAGCGGCCAUGGCUAUGCAAACUGGGAUAGGGCUCUCGAAGAUCCUGGUCCUCGUCGGAGCUGGCUACACUGGCACGGUACUGUUCCAGAACGGGAAAUUGUCCGACUUGCUGGGCGAGCUCCAGGGUUUGGUGAAGGGAUUAGAAAAAUCUGGUAGCCAACCAGAUGGAGAUACAGACUAUGCUGAUGCUGUUGCCGCACAGGUGCGUCGAUUGGCAAUGGAGGUCCGACAGCUAGCCUCUGCACGUCAAAUAACUGUCCUGAAUGGAAAUUCUAGCCAAAUGGGCAACCUAACUUCUAUGGUUGUUCCAGCAGCUACACUGGGGGCACUGGGUUAUGGCUACAUGUGGUGGAAGGGUCUUUCGUUCUCAGAUCUCAUGUAUGUAACUAAGCGCAGUAUGGCCAAUGCUGUGGCAAACUUGACCCAACAUCUAGAGCAUGUGUCAGAGGCUCUCAACGCGGCAAAGAGACAUCUAACCCAGCGAAUUGAGAACUUGGAUGGCAAAAUGGAUGACCAGAGGGAGCUAUCGAAAGAAAUAAAGAAUGAGGUUUCUUCUGUUAAAGCCAAUCUUGAUGGUCUGGGUGGUGACCUGGAUUUUUUGCAGAGAAUGGUUUCCAAUUUGGAUGUACGAAUGGGAUCACUGGAGUACAAGCAGGAUUGGGCGAAUGAGGGUGUGAGGUAUCUCUGUGGUGUGGCCAGUGGACAGAAGGUGGAAAUGCCAAAAAUGCUGCAGGAGCAAAUUAAGAUUUCAGGAUCGUCUCGAGGAUUACUCUCAUAUGCGGAUACUCCAAGUCUUAAGGGUCUGAAGGACAUUGCUGAUGCAUUGACCUUAAGUAUUGAUAUAUCAGCUUCAGAUGCUGUUGUGCAAGAUGGAGUCGACAGAUUAAAUGGAAAACCAAAGCCAUUGCCAAGGGCUAGCUCAACCAGGUGUUGAUCGCAGAGUAAUGUUAAGUGGACCUCGCACUGUGGUUCUUAACCAUGGAUGUACAUGUGCUUGUUAUGCCACCUUUUGAUUCCUCAAGGUUGGACUUUGGCAGCAUUAGUCCUCAUUGCAGAUUUAAUGGUGGAUUGGUAUAUAAAUGGAAUUCUCUUCCGAAGUAUUGAGAGAAUGAGAGUUAUUAUGGCGUUGUGGAUUGGUGCCGUCAAAGUAAUAAUUCAGUGAAUCUCAUACCGAAUGUUCUUUGCCGCUCUUUUUUAUUAUUUUUUCAGUUAUGGUGUGAAAACCUCUGAUGCAGUAGGUUUCUGCCCCUUUGUGUUGGGAUUCUGGGAGAUGAUAAUGAAAUAAUUCUAGCAUAUUCAA